AUGGUAUUUCAAGAUUUGCCAAGAUCCUAUGUGGUUAAGGAAUGUAGACUCAAGAUUAACAGCAAUUGUGUGAUCUCACCAACUCCUGGCAGUUACCCUGGGGCCCAGGUAUCGUUCAAAGAGAAACUGGCAAACAAAUUAAAGUCGAUGGCAUGUGCUUUGCAAUUAUGCUAUAAAUUUUGAUUAAAUACUGUACAUACUGUGUAAUAUUAAUAUUAUUAAUAUAUUAAUUCCAUAUUUUCAUUCGACUCUCUUUAGGAAGAAGCAGGACACCUUAAGAAAGACCAGCCUGUGAGAGUUAAAGUUAGUGGCGAUGGAGCCAGAAUGACAAGAUUAACUGGGUUUGUUCUCCUGAGCUUUGCUAUACUUGACAACAAAGACGAAAUUCUAACAAGCAAAGGUAUGGUCAGAUUUUAUGAUGUACCUGUAUUUUAAAUUGUAUUGUUCAGAAGAUUACAACACGGUACCCUGGUUCCAGAGGUUUAUUUUUAUUAAUUUAAAUUGCGAAUGGGAGAUGAAAAAUAAACCUCUGGUUCAAAGUGGCAAUUGAUUCAUCGAGCCGUGCCAAUCAGUUUGAAUUAUAGUCAGAUCCUGACUCUCUCCUGAUUGGCUGAUUGUAUUAAAGCUUUCUGAUUGGUUAUAGAUGUUUUAUUUGAACCAAUCAGAGAGCUUUAAUACAAUCAUCCAAUCAGGAGAGAGAGUCAGGAUCUGAUCCUAACUCAAACUGAUUGGUGCGGCUCGAUUAAUUAAUUGCCGCUUUCAACCAUAGGUUUAUUUUAAACCUUUGGAACCAGGGUGUAGAUUACAACCAACUGGCCCUAAAUUAUACCGGUCCAAUUCCUGUUUAAACAAUCCUAAAAUAUGCCCAAUUUUGGCUAAAAUUGUCUGGUGUGUGACAAAAUUACAUAGUGUGCUUACACUAGCUUAUCUUAGCCAGGGAUGGAUUAACUUAUACAAUUAUUAGUUCUUAACCCAUUAAGCAGCAAUGUUCCAGAAGUAUCCCACUAACGCCAGACGAUUUUACUCGUGAAGGGGAGCACGAAUCUUGCACUCUAAUGGGCUUAAUUAUUAGUUUAGUUUUUUUUAUUCAGGUACAAUCACAGUGGCUGUACUUGCUGCACCGGAAUCUUAUGAUACCAUCAAAAUAGGCUUCGUUGAUGCGAUAAGGGAAAUUAAUGAGGUUAUCAGGGAUGGCAAUGUGGAAAUAGAACCUGGUAACAAAAUUGCUGUCGAGAUAUUUCUUGGAGGGGAUUACAAGGUUAGGAGAAUUAUAAUUAUGAUUUACAAAAAUAUUUAAUAUGCAAGAUGGGGUGAGGGUUUUUUAUUGUUAACUAACUAAGGAUAGUGUUUUGUUAAUUCAAAAUAUAUUUCCUUAUAUUAGUGAUUUAUUGCUCAAUGAUUUAUUAGUUCUUGCUGAUUGUGUGUGGCCGGAGUGGUGCAACAUCCAUCUGUGCAUGUAUCUGGUGUAAGAUUAUUAUGUGCAUGUAUCUGGUGUAAGAUUAAGGCAAGUAAAUUACCCUGUAUCCUAUCAAUUAUUUUAUCAGCUGUAUGGCCUGUUUCUAUAAAGCAAAAUUAUUAGGAGAAAUGUCCUAAUCAUCAUUCAUGUUUUGAACACUAGUGAAUUUCAAGCUUACUGUAUUCAUUGAAGCAUCUAUCCAGUAGUGCUAUAUGUUGUAAUGUAUAUACAUGUAGUGUCAGUAGUGAAUAAAAUUUUAGUACAGUGCCCUACCUGUUCAGUGUUCAAAGCAGGGGCGUAGGAAGCACCUGGAGUUUGGGGGGGCACCGGCUUGUAGGGGCACAUUACUAUCGGAAAGGGCACCUAAAAAAUUUUUCCCGGAAAUGUUGUCGGGGGGGGGGGAGAAAUUUCUCCUGAGGAAAAUUUUCCGUCGUAUCAUACCGAAAUUUAUGUUUGUGACCUAAUUUUUUAAAAAAAUUUGUAAAUUUCCACACAAAAACGGCACCUAUUGUUUUAAUUUAGUAUUUACAGCGACAUUAGCUUCUACAAAAGGGGCACUUUUCCUCACAAAAAAGGGCACUUUUCAACACAAAAAGGGCACUUUUUAUAAAAAAAAAGGGCACUUUUAGUCCUUUAAAAAAAUUUGGGGGGGGCACGUGCCCCCCGUGCCCCCCGCUUCCUACGCCCCUGGCUUCGCCAUAUGAGCUCCACGCGUGGUUCGGGGAUUAACACGAAAUUUGUGCGGCUAAUGGCCAUAUAUAGGCCAAGGACAAAUUAAUUAAACUUUUGUUCGAUUUGGGUGAAAAUUGGAUGAGAAAUUAACAAAAUCGAAAAUUUUCCGUCUUGCUUUUCCAGACAGAGUAAACUAAAUGCAUAUAAUUAGUCCAUCUGUCCAUUGUAUAAUACACCCUUUCGGCAAUUACGUCACACAUAUUUUUGGUCUUGGAGCCUUCCUCUUAUUAGUAAUUUACUCAAGGUGAUUGGCUCACGAUUCAUGAGAGCGAGGCUUCUAGGCCAAAUGACGUAAUUAGCGAAAGGGUGUAUUUAUGCAUAAUAUCUUGUCUUAUAACUAACUGGCAGAAGCAUAUGCAGUCCGUCUGAGUGCUCUCCUGUUUAAUACUUAAUCCUUAUAGCUUAAAUUAAUUUAAUAUAUAUGGCUCGCCAGAAUCAGAAACCGGUGUGUAAAGUGACCACAAAUAAUUUUCAAAUAUCGUAUAAUAAUAGUAGUUUUUAGUAUUCGAUCUAAAAUUAUAAAUACAAGAAUUAUCUACUAAAUAAAGUAAAUUAAUAAUGAGAAACAACAUGAACUUACUUCUUUGGCCUAUAUCACUUUACAAUAUACCAAAUAUGAACCUAUUUCUGAACGUUAAACCUCGAGCAAACAACUUAAAACCAACGUGUUUAUUUCCCGCUAUUUUUCUGUCACGUGACUGUGUCUGUUCAAUGACGUAAUUACUGAUCUAUAUUAAAAUUAGCAAAACAUCCUCCACCCCAAUGAGGACAUUGUUCUCAUUCUAUUCUCCGUCCACGGGGUGUAUUACUGAGAUUUUAGUAAUAGGUCUUCGUUAAUUACCAUUUUGUGUUUUAACUGUUACAUUUCAAACUUUUCCAUCUUUACCUGGGUGAACUUCAAUAAUUCUUCCGAUCGUCCAAUUGCCUCGUACCGCAUUCGAAUCAACUAACAGCACAAUAUCGUUGACUUUGACAUCGCGUCGUUGAACAUCCCAUUUCUUUCGUGAAACUAAGCAGGGGAAGACGUCUCUGGUCCAUCGUUUCCAAAACGAGUCAAGAAUCUGUUGUAGAAAUUCAACUCUAUGACGCGGGUUCUUUGUCUUCAGGAAUGGUCUAGCUUGUGGAACAUGCGAGGAAGCUUUUCCUAAUAAAAGGUCAUUCGGACAUACGUAUGUACCAUCAUCGGGGUCGUUGAUUGGUCUACCAGUUGGUCGUUGGUUUACCAGAUUUUCUACUUCAAGCAGUACGGUGAUCAAUUCAAAUGGUGUGAGAAGGUUAUCUCCCAUAGCUUGUUUAAGGGCUAAUUUGCAACUUUUUACCAACGAUUUGGCACAUCCGUUUUGAUGUGGGGCAUUAGGUGUGGUGUAAUGAAUGCUGCAUUCUCCUUGAGUUUCUUCACAUCCCAACCUUGGAUCGUCUUUGCCAGUUCGCUCUCUGCGCCGACCAGUUGUGUUCCAUUAUCGCUCAACAUUAAUGAAUGGUAACCUCUAAUCGCGAAGAAUCUUCGGAGUACUUGAAUAAAUUCCAAUGUCGAACAGUCUGCUGCAAGUUCCAAAUGAACUGCCCGAGUAUUCAGACAAGCAAACACUACACCAUAGUGUUUAGAGGUUUUAUUUCUUCCAAUUUUGAUUUAUACGGACCGAAAUAGUCACAAGCUGUAUGGUAAAAUGGAGGCGUUUGAGGCAUCAAUCUUAUCUUCGGAAGUUCGGCCAUAACUUGCGAUUCAACCUUUGGAUGCGACUUCUUACAGUAAAUACAUAUUUUCUCUUGUCCCAAAUUUUGCGCCCGGAUAAUCCAAAAUUUUCUUCUUAUUUUCGACGCUGUCGACGCUAUUCCAGUGUGAGUAAUCUGAUGUACAUAUUUGUUAAUCAGGUAUGAAAUGUGGUGGUCCUUAGGAAGAAGACUGGAUGAUUCUUAUGAUUCCUCUGUCAUCUGUGAAUGGACUAAGCAUAUUGAACUCUUAGUUCUUAACACGUUCGUGUAACUCUUUUUGUGCUGUCUUGAUCCAACUGUCUUAACUCCUCAGCCUGUUCUAACUCAACAGCUGUUAACGGGUCGACAAUAUCUUCGGAUUUUGUUUUUAAUCGUAGAUUUCAUAUGAAUCGUAAGAUCCACGCCGUCACUCUCACCAAUCUCUUCCACGGCAGAACUGCACCUCAAAAUUUGUGCAUUAUUCACAAAAAUUGGAAUUUAAAACUAAAUUUUUAAGCAAUGUUUAAAGAUGCAGCACAGUCCGUAUGUAAAUAAAGGCAUUGUUUACAUUUCGGUAUCCAAAAUAUAGAAUUUAUUCGAAAACUAUUUAUAUUUUCAUGAAUCUAGAGUAUAAUAAAUUAUCAAGACACAACAAUCAAGCUUUGCAUGAACAUAAAAUGAAAUAAAAACGUAAAUAAACUGUUCGUAUAAUAAAAAGAGGGCUCGAUCCUUUGUGUACAUACGCAGAUCGGACUGUACAGCAUCUUUAAGCAAUCUUUGUUUAAUUUUUAACCAGUUAUAGUAAAAUUAAUGCUAUAAAUCAAGCAAUAUACGUUCGUUUACAGAUUUUAUUUUGCACCUUUAGCGCGGCGCAACGAAUAAAAUUGUUCAAAAUUAAUGUCUGUUAGUUAAAAUUAAAGUUUGCCCACCCAUAAAAGCCACAAGUAAUCGAGUAUCCAUACAGUAAAGUUUUAGCAAAUAUUGCUGCCCGGAAAAAUUGUGAAAAAGGCAAAAUUGAGAAAAGUGCCCUUUUCAAAUGGUUGCCACUGCCUCUUCACAAUGUUUCCGGCGCCCCUGCGCUGAGGACAAGGUUCCUGACGCUGAGGACAAGGUUCCUGAGGCUGAGGAGAAGGUUCCUGAUGCAGAGGACACGGUUCUUGACGCUGAGGAUCGGACAAGGUUGAGAAAAGUGCCCUUUUCAAAUGGUUGCCACUGCCUCUUCACAAUGUUUCCGGCGCCCCUGCGCUGAGGACAAGGUGCCACUGCCUCUUCACAAUGUUUCCGGCGCCCCUGCGCUGAGGACAAGGUUCCUGACGCUGAGGACAAGGUUCCUGAGGCUGAGGAGAAGGUUCCUGAUGCAGAGGACACGGUUCUUGACGCUGAGGAUCGGACAAGGUUCCUGACGCUGAGGACAAGGUUCCUGACGCUGAGGUCAAGGUUCCUGACGCUGAGGACAAGGUUCCUGACGCUGAGGAGAAGGUUCCUAAUGCUGAGGACAAGGUUCCUGACGCUGAGUACGUACAAGGUUCCUGACGCUGAGGACAAGGUUCCUGACGCUGAGAACAAGGUUCCUCACGCUGAGAACAAGGUUCCUAGCGCUGAGGACAAGGUUCCUAACACUCAGGACAAGGUUCCUGAGGCUGAGGACAAGGUUCCUGACGCUGAGGACAAGGUUCCUAACGCUGAGGACAAGGUUCUUAGCGCUGAGAACAAGGUUCCUGACGCUAAGGACGUACAAGAUUCCUGACGCUGAGGACAAGGUUCCUGACGCUGAGGACAAGGUUCCUGAGGCUGAGAACAAGGUUCCUGACGCUGAGGACAAGGUUCCUGACGCUGAGGACAAGGUUCCUGACGCUGAGGACAAGGUUCCUGACGCUGAGGACAAGGUUCCUGACGCUGAGGACAAGGUUCCUGACGCUGAGGACAAGGUUCCUGACGCUGACGCUGAGGACAAGGUUCCUGGCGCUGAGGACAGGGUUCCUGACGCUGAGGACAAGGUUUCUGACGCUGAGGACAAGGUUCCUGACGCUGAGAAGAAGGUUCCUAACGCUGAGGACAAGGUUCCUAACGCUGAGGACAAGGUUCCUAGCGCUGAGGACAAGGUUUCUAACGCUGAGGACAAGGUUCCUGACGAUUGAGGAGAAGGUUCCUAACGCUGAGGACAACGUUCCUGACCCUGAGGACAAGGUUCCUGACGCUGAGAGCAAGGAUACUAGCGCUGAGGACAAGGUUCCAAACGCUGAGGACAAGGUUCCUGAGGCUGAAGACAAGGUUCCUGAGGCUGAAGACAAGGUUCCUGACGCAGAGGUCAAGGUUCCUGACGCUGAGGACAAAGUUUCUGACGCUGAAGACAAGGUUCCUGACGCUGAGGACAAGGUUCCUGACGCUGAGGACAAGGUUCCUGAGGCUGAAGACAAGGUUCCUGACGCAGAGGUCAAGGUUCCUGACGCUGACGACAAAGUUUCUGACGCUGAGGACAAGGUUCCUGACGCUGAGGACAAGGUUCCUGAGGCUCAAGAGAAGGUUCCUGAGGCUGAGGACAAGGUUCCUGACGCUGAGGACAAGGUUCCUGACGCUGAGGACAAGGUUCCUAACGCUGAGGACAAGGUUCCUGGCGCUAAGGACAAGGUUCCUGGCGUUGAGGACAAGGUUCCUGACGCUGAGGACAAGAUUCCUGACGCUGAGGACAAGGUUCCUGACGCUGAGGACAAGGUUCCUAGCGCUGAGGACAAGGUUCCUAACGCUGAGGACAAGGUUCCUGGCGCUGAGGACAAGGUUCCUAGCGCUGAGGACAAGGUUCCUAACGCUGAGGACAAGGUUCCUGACGCUGAGGACAAGGUUCCUGGCUCUGAGGACAAGAUUCCUGACGCUGAGGACACGGUUCCUGACGCUGAGGAUCGGCCAAGGUUCCUGACGCUGAGGACAAGGUUCCUGGCGCUGAGGACAAGGUUCCUGGCGUUGAGGACAAGGUUCCUGGCGCUGAGGACAAGAUUCCUGACGCUGAGGACACGGUUCCUGACGCUGAGGACCGGCCAAGGUUCCUGGCGCUGAGGACAAGGUUCCUGGCGUUGAGGACAAGGUUCCUGACGCUGAGGACAAGAUUCCUCACGCUGAGGACAAGGUUCCUGACGCUGAGGACAAGGUUCCUAGCGCUGAGGACAAGGUUCCUAACGCUGAGGACAAGGUUCCUGACGCUGAGAACAAGGUUCCUGAGCCUGAGGACAAGGUUCCUGACGCUGAGGACAAGGUUCCUGAGCUGAGGACAAGGUUCCUGACGCUGAGGACAAGGUUCCUGACGCUGAGGACAAGGUUCCUGACGCUGAGAACAAGGUUCCUGAGCCUGAGGACAAGGUUCCUGACGCUGAGGACAAGGUUCCUGAGCCUGAGGACAAGGUUCCUGACGCUGAGGACACGGUUGCUGACGCUGAGGAUCGGCCAAGGUUCCUGACGCUGAGGACAAUAUUCCUGGCGCUGAGGACAAGGUUCCUGGCGCUGAGGACAAGGUUCCUGACGCUGAGGACAAGGUUCCUGACGCUGAGGACACGGUUCCUGACGCUGAGGACCAGGUUCCUGACGCUGAGGACAAGGUUCCUGGCGCUGAGGACAAGGUUUCUGGCGCUGAGGGCAAGGUUCCUGGCGCUGAGGACAAGGUUCCUGGCUCUGAGGACAAGGUUCCUGACGCUGAGGACAAGGUUCCUAGCGCUGAGGACAAGGUUCCUAACGCUGAGGACAAGGUUCCUGACCCUGAGAACAAGGUUCCUUAGCCUGAGAACAAGGUUCCUGACGCUGAGAACAAGGUUCCUGAGCCUGAGAACAAGGUUCCUGACGCUGAGGACACGGUUCCUGACGCUGAGGAUCGGCCAAGGUUCCUGACGCUGAGGACAAGAUUCCUGACGCUGAGGACACGGUUCCUGACGCUGAGGAUCGGCCAGGGUUCCUGGCACUGAGGACAAGGUUCCUGGCGCUGAGGGCAAGGUUCCUGGCGUUGAGGACAAGGUUCCUGACGCUGAGGACAAGAUUUCUGACGCUGAGGACAAGGUUCCUGACGCUGAGGACAAGGUUCCUAGCGCUGAGGACAAGGUUUCUAACGCUGAGGACAAGGUUCCUGACGCUGAGGACAAGGUUCCUGGCUCUGAGGACAAGGUUGCUGACGCUGAGGACAAGGUUCCUGAGCCUGAGGACAAGGUUCCUGACGCUGAGGACACGGUUCCUGACCCUGAGGAUCGGCCAAGGUUCCUGACGCUGAGGACAAUGUUGCUGACGCUGAGGACAAGGUUCCUGGCGCUGAGGACAAGGUUCCUGACGCUGAGGACAAGAUUCCUGACGCUGAGGACAAGGUUCCUAACGCUAAGGAGAAGGUUCCUAACGCUGAGGACAAGGUUCCUGCAGCUGACGUUGAGGACAAGGUUCCUGACGCUGUGGACAAGGUUUCUGACGCUGAGGACAAGGUUCGUGACGCUGAGGACAAGGUUCUUGACGCUGAGGACAAGGUUCCUGACGCUGAGGACAAGGUUCGUGACGCUGAGGACAAGGUUUCUGAUGCUGAGGACAAUGUUCCUGACGCUGAGGACAAGGUUUCUGACGCUGAGGACAAG